AUGUCAGCUAACUACAACUGGCAGGCUGUCCACCCGGUCUACAGUGUACCCAUUUCCGUCGUACAAGCCACCGAGCAGCCUGCAAUCCGCUGCGACGUUCGUCAGAGGCACAACCUGCCUUCUAGAUCAUGGGCAGUGCGUAUUUCCGCAUGGGUCAACACUAACUAUUUCUUAUGGUCUUUGUGCGCUGGUCUCGCCGGUUAUCGCUCUGACGAGGAGUGGACGAAUACCUUCGAGACCCACUAUCGGAAGACCUGGGAUGAGAUCCAAGCUAGAGUCCAGGAGAUUGAUAGCCCUUAUAGGUUCGCUAUACCCAUCCCGAUGCCCCCAGUUAUAAAGGCUGUAGUCAUCCACCACCCCGAGAGUGGCCCUGCGGAGACAUUCACGGUUCGCCCGGAGGCUCGCCCGUCCUAUCUUGUCCCUCAGGUAACGAGUAUGUCUCCGGAUGCUGUAUGGGGACUCUUGCGGUUUGUGACUGAAUGUCAGUCCCCUGUGCCUGAUCUAUUUGACGUAGUGCUCGAUAUGUCGCUGCCAGAGCCCUCACACCCUGUAGGUACACAGAUUGACCAGAGUGUGGCCAGACAGAGCGUGGCCAGACAGAGCGUAUCUCAAGACGACUGGGAGGAUGAUGUGGUAGACACAUACUAG